AUGAACUCCGAUCGGGUCAAGGCUCUACGCCGUGAGUACGUCCUCAAGAUCAUGAAGGCUCAGUCCAAGCGCAAAAGGAUUCUCUACUUCGAUGAAACGAUUUUCAAUUUGUUUUGCUCGAGGACGUGCGGCUGGAGCCGCCGCGGAAGCCGUGCGGUCGUCGUCCGCCCGGGGCUUAAAGGCGGCAAUCUCAGCGUCAUUGCGUGCAUCUCGGCACAAGGGCUGGAAGGAGCUGAGUUUCGGUGGGGAACGAACAACGCGGACGCGAUCGACAGCUUCGUGAUGACACUGCUCGACAAACUGAUGGACAAGGGCGUCUCCAUGUUCGACGUCGCCGUUGUGUGCGACAAUGCGUCCAUCCACACGAACGUCGAGGAGAUAACAAGGCGGGCGGAGUACGCGGAGGUGGAGUUCAUCAACCUCUCCCCGUACUCCCCCAUGUUAAACCCCAUUGAAAACGUCUUCUCCGUCUUCAAGUCUGGGGUGAGGGCGUUCCUCGCAGCGAAGCGCGACGAGAUCCUACAAGUCCCGCCGAAUCAGACGAAAGCAGUACACCGUGCUCACUACCUCCUACGCGCAGCCAAGUACAGUAUGUGUGUCAAGGUGACACCGGACUUGUGUGAUAGUGAAGCUGCCCACACCUUAUCUUUUCACGCCGCUGCAUUGGAUGAGCACGACAUGCUUGUAGAUGAAACUAGUAAUUUUUAA